AUGCGGUCCUAUACGGAAAUUCUUCAGAAGUUCGUUAGGUUCAUUGGGCCAGGGAUCCUGGUCAGUGUGGCCUAUAUGGACCCAGGGAAUUAUGCUACUAGUGUUUCUGGUGGUGCCCAGUACAAAUAUACCUUAUUGUUUUCCAUUUUCAUAUCGAAUAUCUUUGCUGUGCUUUUACAAUGUCUUUGUGUCAAGCUGGGUACUGUGACGGGUUAUGAUUUGGCUGAAAACUGUCGUCAUAAUCUACCUAAGAAACUGAACUAUACUCUUUACUUUUUUGCUGAAGUGGCCAUCAUCGCCACUGAUUUGGCUGAAGUUGUGGGUACUGCCAUUGCCUUGCAAAUUCUUUUCAAGAUACCACUGACUUGGGGUGUCUUAUUAACGGUGUUGGAUGUCCUAGUAAUCUUAAUGUUCUACACACCAAACGGUCAGUCUUUGAAAAAAGUCAGAGUAUUUGAAUUUGGUGUUGGUAUCCUGGUCAUCGGUACUUGUAUUUGUUUCGUCCUAGAAUUGUUCAAGAUUUCUAUUCCCGAUAAAGCUGAACUGUUUAAGGGGUUUUUGCCUUCGACUAUUAUCUUCAAAGAGCAACAAGCUCUUUAUAUCUCCUUAGGUAUCUUAGGUGCCACCGUCAUGCCUCAUUCUUUGUAUUUGGGCUCGUCCAUUGUUAAGCCAAGAUUGCAUGAUUAUGAUAUGAAGAAAUAUGGGAAGGUUAAUGAUCGUCCAAGCUUAAGCGCUAUAAAAUACUCGUUAAACUACGCUUACGCCGAGUUAAUCAUCUCUCUGUUUUUGAUCGCUACUUUCGUUAAUUCCGCUAUUUUAAUCGUUGCAGGUGCCACUUUAUCUGGUCAACCUGAAGCAGAGGAUGCUGAUUUAUUAUCUAUUUACAAAUUGCUGGUCCAUUACAUAUCACCCGCAGCAGGUUUGAUCUUUGCGUUAGCCAUGCUAUGCUCAGGACAGUCUGCAGGUAUCAUUUGUACACUUGCUGGGCAAAUCGUUUCAGAAGGGUUUCUGCAAUGGUCUUUACCACCUUGGGCCACAAGAUUGUGCACAAGAUUAAUCGCCAUUGUACCAUGUGUAUUUGUUACUUUAACCAUGGGUGAAAAAGGAAUUUCAGAUAUUUUGAAUCUCUCUCAAGUGGUAUUAUCGUUGAUUUUACCAAUCGUUUCAGCGCCUUUGAUUUACUUUACCGCAAAUAGGAAACUAAUGGUCGUUCAUGAUGAAAAUGGAGUGGUGAGGGCUCCCAACGAUGCUAACACAAUCACAGACGAAACUACUCCAUUGAAUUCCAAGCACAGUAAAAUCGUCGAUUUUACAAACAGUCGCUUAUUAACCUAUACCUCCAUUUUCGUGUGGGCUUUAAUAGGUAGUUUGAACUGUUAUCUGGUGAUUUCGUUCUGUUUAGGUGCUGACAUCCACUUUUAG